GGGAGCACUGCAGUGAAAGCAGAGGCAGCGGACAGGCGAGCAGGGGGCGGGCGGACAUCUUGGGAUCUGAGAGUGGCCAGGCCGGCCUUGUUGGGGCUGCUGACUCCAGGUCUAUUCUCAGCAAUGGGUCACAGAGACUGAACUGCCACCAUGAUUGGAGGCUUAUUCAUCUAUAAUCACAAGGGGGAGGUGCUCAUCUCCCGAGUCUACAGAGAUGACAUCGGGAGGAACGCUGUGGAUGCCUUCCGGGUCAAUGUGAUUCAUGCGCGGCAGCAGGUGCGAAGCCCUGUCACAAACAUCGCUCGCACCAGCUUCUUCCAUGUUAAGCGGUCCAACAUCUGGCUAGCAGCAGUCACCAAGCAGAAUGUCAACGCCGCCAUGGUCUUCGAAUUCCUCUAUAAGAUGUGUGAUGUAAUGGCUGCUUACUUUGGCAAGAUCAGUGAGGAAAACAUCAAGAACAAUUUUGUGCUCAUAUACGAGCUGCUGGAUGAGAUUCUGGACUUUGGCUAUCCACAGAACUCAGAGACAGGUGCACUGAAAACCUUCAUCACCCAGCAGGGCAUCAAGAGUCAGCAUCAGACAAAAGAAGAACAGUCGCAGAUCACCAGCCAGGUGACUGGGCAGAUUGGCUGGCGGCGGGAAGGCAUCAAGUAUCGCCGAAAUGAACUCUUCCUAGAUGUUCUGGAGAGUGUAAACCUGCUUAUGUCCCCACAAGGGCAGGUGCUGAGUGCCCACGUGUCAGGCCGGGUGGUGAUGAAGAGUUACCUGAGUGGCAUGCCUGAGUGCAAGUUUGGAAUGAAUGACAAGAUUGUCAUUGAAAAGCAGGGCAAAGGCACAGCUGAUGAAACAAGCAAGAGCGGUAAGCAGUCGAUUGCCAUUGAUGACUGCACCUUCCACCAGUGCGUGCGACUCAGCAAGUUUGACUCGGAGCGAAGCAUCAGCUUCAUCCCCCCUGAUGGAGAGUUUGAACUCAUGAGAUACCGCACUACCAAGGACAUCAUCCUUCCUUUCCGGGUGAUUCCGUUGGUGCGGGAAGUGGGACGCACCAAACUGGAGGUCAAGGUGGUCAUCAAGUCCAACUUCAAGCCCUCACUUCUGGCCCAGAAGAUUGAGGUGAGGAUCCCAACCCCACUGAACACAAGCGGGGUGCAGGUGAUCUGCAUGAAGGGGAAGGCCAAAUACAAGGCCAGCGAGAACGCCAUUGUAUGGAAGAUCAAGCGCAUGGCAGGCAUGAAGGAAUCACAGAUCAGCGCAGAGAUUGAGCUUCUGCCCACCAACGAUAAGAAGAAAUGGGCACGACCCCCCAUUUCCAUGAACUUUGAGGUGCCGUUCGCGCCUUCUGGCCUCAAGGUGCGCUACUUGAAGGUGUUCGAACCGAAGCUGAACUACAGCGACCAUGACGUCAUCAAAUGGGUGCGGUACAUUGGCCGCAGCGGCAUUUAUGAAACCCGCUGUUAGCUGCAUAGUGGCGGCUGGCCCAUCUCCCCACCCACCCUAUUCAGCAAGUCCAAGCACCCCCAGUGACCACUCAUCAGUGUCUUUCCUCCCUCCUGCUGCGCCGCCCUUCCUUUACAGCAGCCCCCGAGUGUAGGUCUGAACCAGCCAUAUCACAGUGGGACCUGCGAGGCAGUCCCUGGCUUCCUGGGCAGGGUGAUUUUUGAGGUUUCUCUUCCAUCUGUCUGUCCUGGCUUAGUGCCAGGCCUUGAGUUUUGUGACCAAAGCCAGGUGGCCCCCUCUUCUCUCUACCCUUGUGGCCACACCUCUGCAGUGGGAAGGCUGACUACCUUUCACCUCAGAGGUCCCCCCAAAGGCCAGUAACAGAUCCCAACCCCUUAGUCCCUACUCUGCUUUGGGAUAGUAUGAGCUUUGUUUUGUACACGUGUGACUUUGUCCAGUUAUAAACCCAAUAAACUGUAGAGUGGA